GGGUGAUCGACAGGAGGGCGGCCUGGAGGAUUAGCCCUCCUCUCCGUGCUCCUCGUCUACCGUCGGGACAUUUUACUGGUUAUUUUUUAUUUUUAUUAUAAAAAAAAAACGAAAUAGGUGUACUAACAGGUUUUCUUUUCUCUGCCAAUGUUUAUACCCCCAGGGUAACUUCGGUAUAAAUGCACAUGAUCUUGACCAACUAUGGAAAUAAGAAAUGGAAGGACCUUUGUUCUUUUGGUCGGGAUCUGUAUGCUUUCUGGAGAAUUGGUAAACUCCUAUCGCCAGAUUUCUCCAGUCAAUUCUCUUGAAAAGAACGCACUUCAACGAUUUAACAACCAUGAUACCUCUCACCGGAAUGUUGGUUCACUCUCUCAGUGUGGCAAUAAAGCGGUCUAUCAUGGUCACCGAAGUCGCAGAAGCACGAAAGCUUUUGUUUGGGAGAAUGACGUUGUGACUUGGGGUUUUGAGAAAUUCUCGAGAAAACUUGAGCGCAUUUUACAAUGGAAAAUUUUCCGAAAGGCUUUAAGAACAUGGUCAAGAUAUUCCAAUUUGCGCUUCAAAUAUACCCGGAAGAGACCAGACAUUAGAAUCCUUUUUGCUAGGUAUGAGCAUGGAGAUGGGGAUUACAACGCAUUUGACGGUCAAGGCCGGACCAUAGGUCAUGCUUUCCGACCAAAAAAUGGUGGCACACACUUUGAUGACGAUGAGCUGUGGUCGGUAAGUACUAACUUAAGUACAGGUGAGAUUCACCUCCCCACGGCCGCACUCCACGAAAUCGGCCACGCCAUCGGGCUAGAACACGUGAGUGAUUACUCGUCCGUAAUGUCGGCCUAUUUCACAACACCCAAAGCGAGGCCUUCAGCAUUGGAUAUCGCACAGCUACGUGACCUUUAUAGUCGCAGAAAACCAAGGCCGCCAGCAACAAAAUAUAGUAAAAAAACAAUGGUUCCAUAUUUACCACCAUCGAGGAAGGAAUUGAAUGAAGCUUUGGAUAAUUGCAAUGGAAUACGUGAUAUAAUAAUGCUACAGAAUGGUAACAAACGUAGAAUGUUGCACAUAUUUGCUGGAAACAUAACAUUCCGAGUUAGCUCCAAUGGUAGGGAGCUUGCUUUUCCAAAAUGGACUUCUAGAGUAUUUCACGGGGUUCCUGGAGAUGUUGAUGCUGCCAGUUAUUACCAGAAAACGCAAGCACAAUACUUUUUUAAAGGAGAUCAGGUUUGGAAAUUAAAAAGACGUCAAAUUGAACCCGGUUAUCCAAAAACUGUAAAACUACACACAUUGUUUGAAAAACCACGAGCAAGUGUAGUUGUCAAGACCUGGCAUUCAAGUGGUCUUUUCAUUUUUGGGAAUCGAACGUUUUGGGAGUGGAGUCCGUGGAGAGACAACACUACGGCGACUCUCCCGAGGCCGAUUUCCCGACAUUGGAGAGGUCUGCCUGAUAAUAUUGACUCAGCAGUACAAUGGAAAGACCAAUAUGUAUACUUUUUCAAAGGGUCGAAGUAUUAUAAGGUUCAUCCAAGUAGAAGAAUGGUUUUAUACGGGUAUCCGAAGUCUAUGCCUCCUCCUUGGUUAACAACAUUUUGUAACAGUAGUCAUCUAUAAAUCUAUGUAAACUAGUUUUAGUAUUUUGAAUAAAUCUUAUCACAGAAAUUAAUACACACAAUGUUAAUGCUAAAAAAAUUAUUGGAUUCUAUUUUUAUGCGAUAAACUAUCAAUUAACUCUAAAUAUUUCUCUACAUGUCACAUGUAUUUUAGUAUUAAUUGUUUGUUAUUAAUUAUAAUGUUAUCAUUUGAUGAGUUUUAUCAGCAACUACAAAAGUAUAAAUCAUUAUGAGAUUUAAUAACAUACUAGUAUAUAACAAAAUGUCUUAAAUAAAAAUACUUUGAAAAUACAUAAAAGUAGAAAC